AUGUCCUCAGAUACCUGUCGGUGGUCGAAUUUCUCGAUUUCUGAAAAAUUGGAAACAAAUAACAAGAUACCAAUGGGUUCUAGAUUUAGUUCAAAAUGGGUACAAGCUAGAAUUCGAAGAAAAACCUCCGUUUUCAGGCAUCAAACAUACACAAGUUUCAGAAAAGCAACAAAACUUAAUUCAGAAAGAAAUACAAGAUCUUUUAAUAAAAAAUGCGAUAGAAGUAGUAGACAAAACUCAGAUUCAUUCAGGAUUUUACAGCAAGUUAUUUCUAGUUCCCAAGAAAAACGGGGAAAUGAGACCAGUUAUAAACUUAAAACCACUCAACAGGUAUUUGAGGAAAAAGCAUUUCAAGAUGGAAACUAUGCAAAAAGUCCUAAAUCUAGUUCAGAAAGGAGAUUACGGCAUAAAUCUAGACCUAAAAGAUGGUUAUUUCCAUUUAAAAAUAUUCAAAAAUCACCGCAAAUAUCUUCGUUUUUGUUUCAAAGGGAUAGUUUACCAGUUUCGGGCACUUUGCUUUGGCCCAACGUCAGCACCAAGGGUAUUUUGCAAGAUAAUGUCAGUCAUAAUAGCAUACCUGAGACAACGCGGACUUCGUCUAUCAUCCUAUCUCGAAGAUUGGUUAACGCUGAACCAAACAUACAAAAAGUUGUUAGAAGACAGAAAGUCAGUUAUAGAUCUCCCUUUUCAACUAGGUUUAAUUGGGAACAAGAAAAAGUCAUCGUUAGUUCCGUCUCAGAUAUUUUCUUACAUAGGGGGUCUGUUCAAUAUGAAGAUGGGGCUAGUGUACCCCACACAAGAAAGAAUUUCAAAGCUCAAAAUAGCAGUGUUAAAUGUACUGCAAGGCAAUACAUCAGCAAGACAUUACCUAAUUGUGUUGGGUACAAUAGCUUCUUGUCUAGACCUGAUUCCAAAUGCAAGGUUGUUCAUGAGACCAAUUCAGCUCCACUUACUGCAAAAUUGGAGUCCUGUCAGAAUGUUUCUGUGUCAUAUAGUUCCAUUGACUCCUUUGCUCAAAUACCAUCUAAAAUGGUGGCUUCAAGAUCAGAACAUUUUGAAGGGAAAAUCAGUUCAACAUGUUUCUUUUCCAGUCACUAUAACCACAGAUGCGAGUGGAACGUGGGGCUGGGGUGGUCACAUGAACAACCUUACAGUGCAAGGCCGUUGGUCAAAGUUAGAGAAAUUGCAACACAUCAACAUUCUGGAAAUGAAAGCUGUAAUGUUAACUGUCCAACAUUUUCUUCCUGCUCUAGAAAACAAGAAUGUAUUGAUCAGAUCGGACAACACCUCGGUAUGUCAAUACAUCAAUCGCCAGGGGGGUACACGUUCACCAGCUCUAUGUCGUCUGACUUGGGACUUGUGGGAUUUAGCCCUGAGACACAAUAUGAGUCUCAAAGCAGCCCACAUCAUGGGGAAGUCCAACAACUUGGCGGACUUUUUGAGCAGGAAGAAAGUGCAAGAUACAGAGUGGAGUCUGAACAAAACAGUGAUAACACAAAUUUUCAGUCAAUGGGGUUAUCCCCUCAUAGAUCUGUUUGCAACAUACGAGAACAAACAGACAACACUGUUUUGUUCAUGGUUUCCACAUCCCCAAGCUUUAGCACUGGAUGCCCUGUCAGUUGCAUGGCAGAGCAUGUUUGCAUAUGCAUUUCCCCCAGUUCAGUUAAUUCCGAAGGUUCUGAGUCACAUGCAGCUGUUCCAGUGCAGGUUGAUUCUCAUAGCCCCAAAUUGGCCGAGGCAGCAUUGGUUUCCUCAUCUGCUAAAAAUGUUGAUAGCAAGACCAAUCAAAUUACCAGUAAUUCAGAAUCUGUUGACACAAGGCAAAGGGAAAGUAAUGCAUCCAAAUCUAGAGACAUUGCAGUUGGCUGCAUGGCUACUAUCGACAGAGCCUUCAGAACAAGAGGCUUUUCAGAAAACACUAGAAAGCUAUUGGCCGCCUCAUGGAGAAAAGGCACCCAAAAAGACUAUAACUGUAAAUUCAGAAAAUUCAAUAGUUGGUGUAGUGAACAAGAAAUUGAUCCCUAUACUGCAUCUCUAACAGACUGUGCCCAUUUCCUCACUUUUUUGUUUGACAAAGGGUUAAAGUACAAAACAAUUACGGGUUAUAGGUCUAUUCUGUCAUCACUUUUAGCACCUAUUGAAAAAUUUCCAGUUGGUCAACAUCCUUUCAUUAUUAGAUUACUGAGAGGUAUCUUUAAUCAAAGACCACCACUUAGAAAACUGGUACCUGAAUGGGAUUUACCUCUUGUUUUAGGAUGUCUGAAGAAACCGCCUUUUGAGCCGAUGAAAGAAGCCUUCUUGAAAUAUGUGACCUGGAAGACUUGUUUUUUGAUAGCAGUAACUUGUUUUCGUCGUUGCAGCGACAUUCAAGCCUUACGUUUGUCAAAACAAGAUAGACCUAAUCAUCAUUCUAGGAAGAUUUUUGUGCCAUCUUUUCCAAGUAAUAAAUUGUUAGAUCCAAAAAGAGCGAUGACGUACUAUUUGAAGAAAAGAAUGUUUCAGAAUUCAAGGCUCGGAAAAUGA